AUGGCAACCUUUGUCAAAAGCGGGUUCCACGAGACAGCAGACUGUGCAAUGCCCUCGUUGACCAAUCCCAACAACAUGUGUAUCAUUACCGGGGUUCCCACCAGCUUCCAUGGCAUAUCCGGCAACUUCUACCUGGACAAGGAAACAGGGAAAGAGCACAUGAUUCUGGAUGAUUCCACCAUGCGCGGGACGACGAUUCUUGCCCGACUAGCAGACGCAGGAGUUCGAGUUGCCGCCAUCACCGCGAAGGACAAGCUCCGGCGCAUCAUUCAGCAUGGCUUGUCUCCUGAAAAGGGAUCAAUCUGUUUCUCGGCCCAGUGCGCAAAUGAGUGCACGGAUGUCGAGCACGGCAUACACGGGGUUGAAGAGUGGCUUGGCCAGUCCGCACCCUCGCAGUAUUCCGGAGAACUAUCUUUAUUCGUCCUCGAUGCCGGAUUGAAGCUCUUGCAAGAGAACCGUGCGGACUUCUUCUAUCUGACACUCUCGGACUACAUCCAGCAUAAGUAUGCUCCGCGAUCUCGACAGGCGAAUGAGUUCAUGCACGCUAUCGACACGAGGCUGGGCGAGUUUGUCAAACUGGGAGCGGUUGUGGCCGUAACUGGAGAUCACGGGAUGAGCGACAAGGCUGAUGAAAACGGAAAGCCCAAUGUCCUGUUCCUGGGCGACUUCCUGGAUUCGAAUUGGCCAGAGAGCCGCGCCAAGGUCAUUUGUCCUAUCACGGAUCCGUUUGUCAAGCAUCACGGGGCACUUGGAGGCUUUGUCCGAGUUCAUCUGACCAACACUUCCGUUGUAAGUGACAUGAUCGCAGCCUGCCGUGAACUUCCUCAGGUAGAGACGGCUCUCACUGGCGAGGAGGCAGCAUCUGUCUAUGAGAUGCCGUUGGAUCGCGAAGGAGACAUUGUGGUUAUCGCCAAGAAGAAUUUUGCCAUUGGGAGCAAGCGAGAAGAGCACGAUUUGUCCAACUUGGAAGGCCAUCGACUCCGUACACACGGAGGCUUGUCGGAGCAGCAGAUUCCGCUCCUGAGAUCAACCGCGAUUGAGUCAACGAGCUCCUCAGAGACAAAGAGAUGGAGGAACUUUGACAUUUUCGAUCUGGCGCUCAACUACUAG